AUGUCGAGGGUGUCCAAGUCAAGCAAGUACAAUAAUUUAAAAUGAAAUUUAGAGAGAUUUAAUCAGUUGGCUUUUCCUAUUAGUAGUAUUAAUAAACCGUUACCGUAGCUAAUCGUAUUUAGGUCUACAAUGUCUGCUUAACCAGUGUUUUUUUUGGUGACAAAAUGACGUUUCUAUUGCAACCAAUAUAUCCGACCUCACUUGAAGGCAGCUUGAUCGAGGAAAUGCUUUGAAGUUCGUCAGAGUGACAGGUUCGAGUCUCCUGCUGAGAAUCCGUCAGGUGGUGGAGUCACACUGCUGCUAGAUAAACACGAGGCAAAACACACUACAAUACCGGUGUUUUAGCUACAGCUUACUUUAGUAUUUAAUUGUCGGUGUUUGUUUUUUAGUGAAUACAUGUGAGACAGAAACAGACAAUGUUUAAAGCUACAGUGAACGCUUUCUUUGACUGAGUUUGCUAGGUAAACGCAUCAGAAGCGCACGUGGGGCAGAUGCUGCCAGUCCCCGUCAGUGUGAAGCAGAGCUGAGUGUAGCUCGAGACAGAAGCACAGGAAGGAGUGAGAAACGGAUGUGUGACAAUGACCCACGCUGUAAGCGCUGCUACACACGGUCGGUUUGAUCUGCUCGCCUUUAACUCGAUAUUUUAGCUACUCAUGAGAGCCCCCAACUAGCUCUGUUUGGAUUAUUCUGCGCUUUCUCUGGAGUGCGACUUUAUCUACAGUGAGUGGAGAAGUUUGAGACAACAUGGGGACUCAGGGCGCAGGACGGAAAAGGUCCACCAAGAAGGACAAGUCGACGGCGGAGGACGAUGCCCUGAACCUCAUAGCGAGAGAGGCCGAGGCCAGGCUGGCAGCGAAGAGGGCGGCCCGGGCAGAGGCCAGAGAGAUCCGCAUGAAGGAGCUGGAGAGACAACAGAAAGAGAUCUUUCAGGUGCAGAAGAAAUAUUAUGGCUUGAACACCAAAGUAGACGACCGAUCGGACAGCAAAUGGGGAGAUAUUGAACAAUGGAUGGAGGACAGUGAGAGAUGCUCACGUUCUUCACGGGUACACACGCUGUCUGACGACGAUGAGCGGAUGUCAGUGGGGAGCCGGAGCAGUGCCAAGUCGGAUCUUGAUUCAGUUGGGGCUUAUGGUGGAGGGGACUCCUCCUCACUAACGAAGUCAAAGAGAAAGAAGAAACAUAAGCACAAAGACAGAGACAGGAACGGGCCUGAUGAUGAUCACAGUGUCCUGUCCAGCAGGAGCUCCAGACUGAGUGAUGAGAGCAGAGUGUCCCGCUCCUCCAGGCUGGACCUCACGAGCUCCAGACUGAGUGAUGACCCCCGGGGGUCUCGGGGCUCCAAAUUAGACCUGCAGCCGACUUCUUACUCUUCCUCUGACCUGUACAGCUACAAUGGUCUGUCCUCUGCCAGAAACCCCGGCUCCACUUACAAUGGUUACCAGCCUGUAGAGUACAGUAGUUGUCGCAGCUCCGGCUCCAGGGUCUCCUCCAGGGCCGGGUCAGCCCGCACCAGCCCAGUGGACCACUGUGGCUCUGUGGCCAGUUAUCUGAGGAGUGCAGCGGGCGGCAGCAGCCUCCCCCGAGACCUGGAUGAUGUCACUAUUCCUGACCUUUCUGAUGUGCGUGGCUUUGCCCCCGCAGGAGGCCGCCGCCGUGAUGUGGAGGACAGAGAUUAUCUUGAGAAGGGAUCUCGAGCAGCUUCUGCCCUGACAGCAGCGACCCUCACCUCGUUAGGCGGGACUUCCUCUCGCAGAGGAAGUGGUGAGACGGCUAUAACUGUAGAUGCAGAGACGUCUAUACGGGAAAUUAAGGAGAUCCAUGAACUCAAGGAUCAGAUUCAAGAUGUGGAGAGCAAGUACAUGCAGAACCUGAAAGAAGUCAAGGAUGCAUUAGUAGGAGUGGAGGAGAAGUACCGUAAGGCCAUGGUGUCCAACGCUCAGCUGGACAAUGAGAAGAACAACCUGAUGUACCAGGUGGACACGCUGAAGGACUCGCUCAUGGAGCUGGAGGAGCUGCUGUCUGAGUCCCGCCGCGGCUUCGAGGACAAAGUCAAGGAAUGUGAGCGAGAGAAACAUGCCCACACUGUGCUCCAGUUCCAGUUCAAUGAAAUGAAAGAGACGCUAAAACAAAGUGAAGAGCUGCUCAAUGACAUCCGUCAGCUGCAUAUCAAACAGGAAGGUUUGAAUAGAGAAAUAUGUGACCUGCAGGAGACAGUGGAGUGGAAGGAUAAAAAGAUUGGGGCCUUAGAGCGACAGAAAGAAUACUCAGAUGCAAUCCGGAUGGAGCGAGAUGAGCUCAGAGAGGAGGUGGUGAACCUGAAAGACAUUCUGAAGAAACAUGGUAUAGUAUUGGGACCUGAUCAAAGCAUCAAUGGAGAAGUUGGUGAGACAGAAGCUGACGGGACCCCCGGUGCAGACCCUGCUUCCCCCCUGGCUCAGGAUUGUCAGACCCCCCCAACAGAGAGGAACAGCAUGCUCGGCAACACAGAGGAGACACUGUUGAGAAGUAGCGAGGAGGAAGAGGUGGAUCCAGAGCAGCAACGAGAACAUUUUGAGGAAGCCAAAGAGAAUCUCUUUAGCUCUGAAGAACUCUGUAAUGUUUCUGGUGUGUGCACUAUGCAAGCAUCUGGGGAGGAACAGCCAACACAAGGACAACAGAAUGCCACAGAAGAAGAUGAUGUUGAAGAACCUGGCCUUAGGAAGGACUUGAAUGUUGACAUUAAUGACCAGUCGGUCACAGAGUCCAAAGAUAUAAUCAUUUGUAGCCCUGACCUUCAGGGCAUUGUCACAAGUUCUGAGGAAAGUGUCACAGAAACAGUAAUGCCUGAGGGCAAAGAGUUAGGAUGGACCAAUAACCUAGAUUCAGGGCAGACAGGAAGCCAAAUCAAUAGUGUAGACACACAAAGUGAUGACAUUAGAGAGUCAUCCAACAACCUAUUGAAAGAGCAAGAAAACAAACAGGAAGAUGUUGAGGAACGUCAUCUGAGAAAUACAGAAUCGUGUCCUGAGCAAGAGGUUGCACAAGAUGUUGGGACAGAGAAGUCCGUACCAGUUGAGUCAAAGACAGAAGCUCAACCAGAGCCGGAGAACUCUGAAGAGGCAGAGCACAUAGAAACUAAGGAUAUAUCAGGUAACUCUCAGCCUCAGGGCGCUGCUGCUCCAGGGAAAAAGAAGAAAAGGAAGAGGAAAGGUAAAAAGAAAGGGAUGGGAGAUGGGAACCAACAAAGGGAUGGAGCAAAUAAAGAAAAGGGCAAAACAGAGGUGAAAAUUGAAUUGGCUACAAAAGAUAAUGAGCUAACGGCAGAACCUGAAAUUCUUAGUUCUGUCGCUGAAGCCCUCGAAGAAUCAGGGAUGCAUCAAGUAAAGAAUGUGCAGGACAGGCAACAAGUAGAAGAAGUGGAACCUGUUGAAAGCCUUUCUCCCAAUGACACUCAAAGAGAUUCAAGAAGGGAUCAUGUUACAGAUGAGUGUGACAAGGAACACACUUUAGAAAUGGAGAAGGUAGAAGAAGCAACUACUGAAACAUUUUCUCACGUCACAACCCCUGCAGAAGUGAGGCUGGAUCAUGUUACAGAUGAACAGAACAAGGAACAGUGCUUGGAAACCGUAAAAGCAGCAGAGGCAGUGGCACCCGCUGAAACCUUUUCUCACGUUGAAACUCUCAAGGAAUCCAGAGCAGAUUCCAUCUCCAAGGACGAGCAGGAACAACCUUUAGAAACACAGAGAGUAGAAGAAGUGGGAUCUGUCCCAGAGACCAACCUCGGUACUGAGAGCCCCGAUGAUCUUAACAAAGAGUGCACUUCCUGCGUAGAUGCCUCUAAAAGUGACAUCUCAACUAAUGACAGUGUCAUCCAGGCUGAGUCAGAAAUUGUUAAUAGUGCGGAGAAUAGGGUUAGGCCUAUUGACGAGAUGAAAUCAGAAUGCACACCUAAUAUCCCAGAAAACACGUUUGAAAGCAUCGUCAAGGAAAACGCCGAAGCUGGAUCGCACAAUCCAAUCAAUGGUGACAUGGCUGCUGAGGAACCUAAACCCACAAGCAAAGCUGAGAGUAAUGAUAAAACAUCCGUGUCCCCAUCUUCUACCAAUGGCUUUACUGACUCUCUCAGGAGCUCGUCUGGCUUCGAGCUGUCUGCAGGCGUGAACUCGGCCAGCGAGGACAAGGUCUCUGAUGGAAGUCCAGAAGACGUUACUGAGACAAUCAAAGAUGAUGAGGACCCAGGAAUACAGACUGAACAAGACAAACCACACGCAUCUCCCAGUGUCCUGUUUCCCAGUAAUGAUGAGGCAGAGCUGAACAGAGGCUUGUGCGAAUCUGAAGGUUUAGUCCAAACAGACCCAUUACAUGACCAAAAGAAAGAAAGUCUAAGCAGUCCAUCAUUUGUAACAAACAUGGAUGCAAUCGACACUGUUCAGAGUCUGUUGGAGACUGUAGUGCAAGCAGAACAGCUGGAUGAUGUAGAAAGCCAGACGGCACAAUGUGAGGUUCACGUUGACAAAUCCAAUGCUGACCUGACCCCUGAAUCAGAGAUCAAUACCACUGAGACAGUAAAUACACCAGAUGUUCCAAAAGAAGCUCCUGAAAAUGGGUCGACUAUGGAGCAGGAUCACAGAUCUGAAGAAUUCACCAUGGCAGGAGAUCCAGAGCAUAAUAACAAUCCAAAUGAUCAGCAAAGCAAGACACAUCAACUGCAUGAACCCAUGGAAGACAUUCCAUCUCAGCUAACACUGCAGGUGUGCGAUGAAGAGGACGGUGAAAAGGAUGAAGGUCAUUCUUUUGAUUUUGAUGACAUGGAUUUGGAGCCAGCUGAAGGUGAAAGUCGCCAUAGGAAUCCCCAACCGGAAGAAGAAGUGGAGGAGGGAGUUGAAGUUGUUCCAGAUGAAAGCGGCAGCUCAGGCGUCCAGACUCCGCCACAAAACUGUUCGGCUCAGGAGGAUGGCACUUUGGAAAAAGGGGAAUAUUUGUUGGAAAAGGAGGAAGUAAGUGUAACAAACGAGCCCAGGGGCAUUGCAGAGGAAGCAAAGGUUCAGAGUGUUGGAGAGGUGGGGGGUGUUGCAGAGGACGUUCAGCAGGCGGUGUCCCUGCCUGUAGAGGAAGGGUUAGAAGCCAUUAAGCAGGUCCAGGGGGAACAUGUGGAUUUACCAAAGAGUUCAGAACAAGUGGGCAGCAAUACAGAGCCCCAGCAGGCAGGGAAGGAUGUGAGGAAGAACAGCAAGAAAGGCAAAGGCAAGGGCAAAGAGGAGUGCAAGAUGUCUUAGCUUAUAGAUGGUAUGUAUUAUGAAAAUGUACCAUGGAUCUGCCCUAUAGUAGUCUCUGCUUAGCUGUUUACAAAGUACAUGUUUGCAGAACAUUACAGCAUUUUGUCUGUUUCCAAACAAAUAUUGUAAGUUUUAUUUUUAAUUAAACAGACCAACGUUUUCUUUGAGGUCAUGUGUGCAAAACAAAGUGUGUGGAGAGGUGAGACUGUAAACUGCUGUGUAACCGUAGAUCUACUGUCGCUAAAUACUGCACUUGAUACAUCAGGCAACAUUAUUUAGUUAACAGCUAUCAUGCUGCUUGUUAUGUUUAAUGGUUCAUUUUGCUGUGCCCCUGUAUCACACAUCACUUCAUCCGGUACUGUUCCAGAAACCCAAGCAUGUCUUCAUUCCAUAGGGGAACAAUAAAAACACAGAUGUUAGCUGGUUAUUUUAGGAAAGUAUCUUCUGGAUGGUCACACUUUAACUGUGUUCCCCUGUUCUGUUCUUAGGGAUUAAUACAACUUGAAGACAGCUAUUUCCAUCUACAUGAAUGAACAAUGUAUCAUAAAUAUGUUUGCAAUGUGUUGCACUAAAUGGAGAAGAUGAAUGCCCUUUCUGAUAUGCCAAUAAAUACCCUGCUGUUACCAAUUUAAAA